GAAUUGAGGCACGGAGACAUUAAUAACUUGUCGAAGAUUUCACAGCUACCCUUCCUUAGAAGGACGAGGGCAAAAUGACCAAGUUCAAGGCAGUGUCUGGCAGCAUUUCUGGUGUUGCCAACUUGAGGGAGGCUUCGGCCUCUACUGCACAGAAGCCAGGGCUGCUGCCAAAAAGGCAGGGGACAACCCCCCCAAUAAGCAGUUAUCUGGCCCCAAAUGAGGCAGUGACGUUCAAGGACGUGGCGGUGGUCUUCACGGAGGAGGAGUUGGGGCUGCUGGACCCCGCCCAGAGGAAGCUGUACGGAGACGUGAUGCUGGAGAACUUCAGGAACCUGCUGUCUGUGGGGCAUCAGCCCUUCAUCCCACAUGUAAUACUCCAGUGUGAGAGGGGAGAAAAGCUUCAGAUGAGAAAGACAGCAACCCAGGGCCGCGGCAUCGCAGGAGACAAGAAUCUAAAUGACCUGGAGACUCUUCAAGAAAUUGGAUCAAAGUUCCUGCCACAUGAAGAGCUGUUCUGCUCGCAGAUCUGGCAACAGGUUACAAAGGAAUUAGCCCAGUGCCAAGAUUCCAUGGUCAGUAUUCAAGGAACUGGCUCUCAGUUGGAAAAACGAGCUGAUGUACUCUAUAAAGAUGAGGGGUUUGGUAAAGGCUUUAAUCAGAAUUCACGAGGAAAAACCUACCAGGCAGAGGAGCAUGAGAAAGGUUUCAUUCAGCGCUGUCAUCUUCAAACUAACCCGACAGCCCAUGUAGGAGAGAAGCCCUAUAAAUGUGAAAAAUGUGAAAACGCCUUCCGUCGGCUUUCAAGCCUUAGAGCCCAUCAGAGGGUCCAUAGUGGAGAGAAAUCAUUGAAGUAUGACACAUCGUUUAAGGGUUUAAGACAGAGGUCAUCUCUUCACCAUCACCAGAGAGUCUCCACUGGAGAGAAUUCACACAAAUAUGAGGAAUGUGGGAGGAACGUCGGGAAAAGCUCACAUUGUCAAGCUCCUCUGAUAGUCCACACAUUAGAAAAACCUUAUAAAUGUGAGGACUGUGGGCUGAGCUUCAGUCAGAGCUCAUAUCUUCAAGUCCACCAGAGAACCCACAUGGGAAAGAAACCUUAUAGAUGUGAAGAGUGUGGAAAGGGCUUCAGCUGGCGUUCGCGACUACAGGCUCAUCAGCGAAUCCACACUGGAGAGAAGCCGUACAAAUGUGAGGCAUGUGGCAAGGGCUUCAGUUACAGCUCACACCUUAAUAUUCAUUGUCGAAUCCACACAGGCGAGAAACCCUAUAAAUGUGAAGAGUGUGGGAAAGGCUUCAGUGUAGGUUCACACCUUCAGGCCCAUCAGGUGAGCCACACUGGAGAGAAACCUUACAAAUGUGAGGAGUGUGGGAAGGGCUUCUGCCGGGCCUCAAAUCUUCUGGACCAUCAGAGAGGCCACACUGGUGAGAAACCAUAUCAGUGUGAUGCAUGUGGAAAGGGCUUCAGUCGUAGCUCAGAUUUUAACAUUCAUUUCAGAGUCCAUACAGGAGAGAAACCCUAUAAAUGUGAGGAAUGUGGGAAAGGCUUCAGUCAGGCCUCAAAUCUUCUAGCACAUCAAAGAGGCCACACUGGAGAAAAACCAUACAAAUGUGGGACGUGUGGCAAGGGCUUCAGCCGGAGUUCAGAUCUUAACGUUCAUUGUAGAAUCCACACCGGAGAGAAACCCUACAAAUGCGAGAAGUGUGGUAAGGCCUUCAGUCAGUUCUCAAGUCUUCAAGUGCAUCAGAGAGUCCACACGGGAGAGAAACCCUAUCAGUGUGCAGAGUGUGGGAAGGGCUUCAGUGUGGGUUCGCAGCUUCAAGCCCACCAGAGGUGCCAUACGGGGGAGAAACCGUAUCAGUGUGAGGAGUGUGGGAAAGGAUUCUGUCGGGCCUCAAAUUUUCUGGCUCAUCGUGGAGUCCACACAGGAGAGAAGCCAUACCGGUGUGAUGUGUGUGGUAAGCGCUUCAGACAGAGAUCCUAUCUUCAAGCCCACCAGAGGGUCCACACCGGAGAGAAACCGUACAAAUGUGAGGAGUGUGGUAAGGUCUUCAGUUGGAGCUCAUACCUUCAAGCCCAUCAGAGAGUUCACACUGGAGAAAAACCAUAUAAAUGUGAGGAAUGUGGGAAGGGCUUCAGUUGGAGCUCAAGUCUUAUAAUUCAUCAGCGAGUACAUGCUGAUGAUGAGGGUGAUAAGGACUUGCCUUCUCCAGACAAUUUGCACAGGAAAGAAGCUCCAUAAAAUAUGUUUUAAUACCUCAAAUGGGUGCUGAAAUAGUCUAAUUAUCAGAACUGUCCUAGAAGACAAAGCAUUUUAUAAAAGAGUCAGUAUUUAGCCAGGGCUUGACAUGUCACAGUGGUUGGGUGACCACACAGCAGAAAAGCCUCAUGAGGGCAGUGACAUAAGGACUUCAUUCAGAACGUUGACAUUUAGCAGAUAAUAGACGGAAGUGAGGCUUAGGAAGGACGCAUCUGAUCUGAAGUUGACUGAAGGGCUGAGAGGGAAGUGCCAGAAUUUUAUAUUCCAUGAGAGUAUCAGCUCGCAAGAGCAUAGGGAUUUGUUGACUGCCAAAUCUAUUCCGUCUUCUCAGUGCCUAACACAUGGUAGGUAUUUAGUAAUGUUAAAUGAGUGAAAGGGAGAAUGGUCAUAUGUGAAAUUUUUAUUCAGUUCUUCUCUAAAAAUUUCUGUGAAAUGUGCUUAGAAGAGGAAUUCUGCAAGGCUUGGAGGACAUUUAAGUUGUACCCAUGGGCUUAUUUUCCCAACCCUACAGGUCCUGUGAACUAGUGUUUAUCAACCUGCCAGUAGGUCCCCAAUCACUUCAGUGGGUUGUGACCAGCACUUUUAUAUGCUAACAUUUUAUUGAGGUAUAAUUUGCAUGCAGUAACAUGCAUAAAUCUCAAUUUUACAACUUCAUGAAUUUUGACAAAUGUAUACACUUAUGUAAUCACCAAAAUCAAUGUAUACAAUAUUUCUAUUAAACCCGAAUGUUUCCUUGUGUA